AUGGUGGCUGACCACUCUCAAUCAGCUCACCGUGCCGGUCUCAGGAGCUUCAUCCGCUAUGGCUGGCGCUGGAGUUGGAGAGUAGCUGCUUUUGUGGCGAUAUUUAACACAGUGAGCACUGGUCUGUCUGUGUACCGCAAUAAAACCACCAUCAGUAAUUUUGCUGCAGCAGGAGCCUUCACAGGAGCCCUCUUCAGAAUACACUUGGGCCUGCACGGGCUGGCAGGCGGCAGCGUGUUUGGAAUAGUGUUUGGAAUCCCUGCGGGGGGCCUCUUAAUGGUAAUGCAGAAACUUGCUGGUGAGACCUUGCAGGAGAAGAGGAAUCGUGAGCGGAGGGAGCUGUAUGAACAGAAGUUAGCAGAGUGGCAAUCCAGACUCGAUGUCACUGAAGUCUUGGGCCAAACAGAAGGCAAUGCUCAGGGGGGACCAUGGAGAGAGAGAUAGCGAGAGAAUCCUGGAGCUGCUAAAGUCUUCCUCAAAUCUCUGUCACAAGCAGCUAUGAAGUAUUUUGAUUCUGCCCAUUAAAAACUCUUCAGUCAAGGGGUCAAGGAAGUAUUCUGUGAGCUGAGGUAUAUCCUUUACACUUCUGAAAGAGCAAUUUGAUGAAAACAUUGUUCAUGAAUAUGUAUCACAGCACAAGAGCUUGUAAGGGGCUAACCAGUUCUGCUUGAGAAGGUGGAAAUGCAGGCUCUGCAGAAUAGCAAGUGUCAGCUAGGUUUGCUUGGGAGGGAGGGUAGCUCCAGAAUCUCUGGCAGAACCCAUUUCACGUCUGAAAAUGUCUAAGCCACCUGUAAUGUAGAAAUAGUCAAGGAAAAAGAGCUUAUUAAUAGUUUGGCUGCUAAAGAUACCCUGAUUCUAAAAGGGUAUUCUAACUUAAUUGUGGUGAAGCUGCUCUUCAGAUGGCAGCUGGAGACUUUACUGUCCAAGCACAACACAGGCAGCACUAGUACUAGUCUUUUCUCCCCCUUCCGCGGUUUGACUUGCCUGGGUGGGACUGACUGUUUUGCUGAUUGUGGUUUCUUCAGGCUUUUUUGCAGAAAAACAUGCUUGGUUCCUAGGGUAAAUAAAGUAUUUUGCAAUCAAUGUUGAGGAAGGGUGGAGGAGUGGGAAUGAUAUGGAAAUACCCUGAAAAAGACAUAUUUUGGCUUCCUUUGUAGAAGUAUGACUGAGGAGACCACAGCAAAGAUGACGGUUUCUGGUGGUGAUGGUGGAAGGAUUGAUACCGUAGGCAGUUCUAAUAACAAUAAAAAGUCCUCUAAUUUCAUUUAACGGUCAGAGAUUAGGGGAUUAUCUCUGGGGGAAAUGUGGUUCAAGACACUAAAUAAAGCUAUCUCAUAGUGGU